AUGUCGCCUUCUCCGCUUAAAACGGUUGGCCUUGACUCUGGCGCUGGUAGUGAACAAGCAUCUUGCGUCGGCUCCGACCGUCAUCAGUCGUCUACAAGUGCAGCACCUACAGAAUUAUCGAAUGUCGAUAUAGGCAGUGUCGCAAAGACAAGUGACCCAAAUCAAGGACAAGAACACCAACAUAGCCGACAACAAUCGCCAGCUCGAGAUAUCACAUCAUCCUCCCCAACCAACAUCCACCCUCUACUUCAGGUUGCAUCCGCUCCCCCGCAUUCUCGCUCGACAAUUGCCGCCACCGAUACUACGCCCGCUACCACCACUCCAAUUACUGAGUCGUCUGCAUUGCCAUUGGGCUCUCCGAAGCAAUCGCCAACAAACACUGCUCAACUUGCCUCAAGGGCCACCGAAGCCCGGGCAAGCACAUCGUCAAACAUGAUAUUCUCGGAUAUUUACAAGAGCCCGCGAUCACCCAUCGCUAAACUCCGUCACCACUCGAUCCAGUUGCCGACACCGCUGCCAACCAAUACCCCAGAUUGGUACGGCGAGGAACACGCAGACCUGCUCAGCAAGGACAAGGUGAAGCAAAAGGAAGCAGUAAAGAGGUAUCUCGACGCCAAAGUCAAGAACGAUUGGGAGUUCCCAUGGCCUUCUCGCGUUGUCGAGGCCCCACUACUCGAGGGCGACGUCGCUGUUGUCGACACUGCAUCUGAAACACCUGAUGGAAUUGAGGCUGUCACCAGUCUCGAUAUCACAGAAUCGACAAAGCCAAUCCAGGAUGAGACGCGCGAGGAUGAUGGCUACCAAGUCGAUGAACCUGAGUCAUCAGAUAACGAAGACGGCAGCGAUGCCGAGUCCACGUACAGUACUGUCUCUGAAGAUUUAGUCAACUUUCGCACACGUCUAGACUGGGCCUCAGACCUUUCUGAUGAUGAGGAUGAGCCUGGACCUUCGCGAUCACCUUUCCGUUUUGACAACCCAAACAAUGUGGGUUCGGCUGUCCAAGCUGUGGUCCAGGGAAAGCGCGCCAAGCGAAGGAGAGCAGUUCGCAAGGAAAUGGAAUGGAACGAAGGACUCGCCUGUUUUGAAGCGCGGCGAAAUGCAUGGACGGGCGCACGAACUGUCCGCGUUCGGGCCAAGCCUGCAACACCCCCUGCUGUGUCACCGCUAUCUCCCCGCCGAUUCUUCUUCCGUCGCUCCAUGUCGACAUCUCCUCCUGCCUCGACAAUUGCGUCUACUUUACCACCGCAAGUCAGUGACGGGUCAGACAAUUCAUCACUUGCGAGAAGCGACGAGCUUCGCAAUGCUCGAUCUAAAGACACCACGCCGUCGACACCUCCCGACAGCCGAAAUUAUCCUGUUGAGGUCCUGCUUCCUCUUCCUCCACCUCUCCUACCUCCCAAUAACUCUCUGCGUGCAUCCAUCACCCCUUCUGUAUAUCUCAGUCUCUACGACAAAGUCAUCAUUCACAGUCUUCAGCCCUCGUGCCCGAUUAAUCUGUCCGAUAUGCUUCGAGCUUGCGUUACUGGCUGGAAACGGGAUGGCGAGUGGCCCCCACGACCGACAAUGGCUCCCGCUCCUGUCGCCAAGAAGAAGAAGCCUAGGAAGCCUUCAAACCCCUCGGAGAACACGGGCAGUACUGUGCGCCGUAUGAGCUUUGGCCUGCUGGGUCGCGACAAGGACGAUUCGACAAGCGGCAAGGGCAUCCGCCGCAGCCUUGUCAGAGCCCUCGGCAUUGGAGAAGGGACAGAGACCCCUAAAUGA